AUGGGCGCAGCAAAACCACCGCGUGCCGCAAAAUCCGCGCCGGCAACAACUCAAUCCCUUCCCGAAAAGACCUUUAUUAUCGAUAAUGGCGCGUACACGAUAAAAGCCGGCUAUGCACCGCCCACCACGGACGACACUGCCCCCUCCAAUCCUUUUUCAUCGUGUAUGCUGAUUCCAAACGCGCUGGUAAAAACGCGUGAUAAACGAGUUUAUAUCGGUAGCCAGCUAAAUACGCACAUUACUGACUGGAACGAGGCACACUUUCGGCGGCCAAUCGAGAAGGGCCUCAUUGUCAACUGGGAAGCUCAGAGGGAGAUAUGGGAACAUAGCUUUUUUGACGAGAAGGUUGCGCGCAAGCCGGAAGUGAGAUGCAAAGACCCGGGGGAUACUACCUUGGUUUUAACCGAGACACCGAAUGCCAUGGUUGCGUUGCAGAAAAAUGCAGAUGAGAUGAUUAUGGAGGAGUGGGGGUUUGGCGGUUACUUACGCUGCGUUGGCUCGCCGUUGAAUGCGUGGAAUGAAAUUCAUUCUCUAUUUGGCGAUCCGAUAGUUCAGGAUGGAAGUUCUGGAGCCUCCCCUGCUGAGUGUGUACUGGUUGUUGACUCCGGGUAUUCGCAUACUACGAUCACGCCUGUAUACCAAGGCCGGCCGUUGCAACGCGCGAUCCGCCGGUUGGAUAUCGGGGGAAAAUUCAUUACAAAUUAUUUGAAGGAGCUAAUAUCAAUUCGCCACUACAACGUCAUGGAUGAGACCUAUGUCAUUAACAAAAUUAAGGAAGCUGUAUGCUAUGUGAGCAGCGACUUUGCUGGAGAUCUAGAAAAGGUCCAAAAGAGCAGCAAAAAGGGGGGAGGCGAUACUUCUGGGGAUGGAAUACUGGUGGAUUACGUUCUCCCUGACCCAAAUGCGGGUACCUCCGGUUUUGUGCGUCCACACGAUCCUCUGCUAGCGGCAAAGAAGCGGAAGAGUCUUCUCUCAGGCCCCCAACCCCCCACCGUGGAAGAGUUUCUCGUCAUAGGCAAUGAACGUUUUGCCGUCCCUGAAGUCUUGCUUCACCCAGAUGACGUUGGUAUGAAACAGCCAGGUAUCGCUGAGGCUAUCAUGCAAAGCCUAUCUACCCUACCUACAGGCUUACAUCCGGUGUUUCUCGCCAACAUCCUCGUAGUUGGUGGCAAUGCGUUACUACCCGGAUUAGUUGAUAGAUUAGAAUCGGAGCUCCGGCAACUGGCUUCAGCAGAAUGCAUUGUUCGAGUUCGGAAGGCACCUGACCCGAUCCGGUCAACGUGGCUUGGGGCCUCCCGGCUGGCGGGCAAUCGAGCAGCACUGAAAGGAGUUGCUAUCACACGACAGCAAUACCAGGAAUACGGUUCCGCUUGGGGGCUGGAGGCAUAUUGGUCAUAUACCCGUAUAUUUUGGCGACUGGAGACAGAUUCAGGCGGUGUUGUUUAA